GAUCGGCAUCAUCCUUGAAAGCCUGGCCCUAACACAGUCAUGCAUCUAUCGGUAUAUAAUGCGUUCUCUAUUGUGUCAGGAAAUCCCUUCGCGUCGUGAGUGCCGUAACUGUCCUCCCUGAUGCCUGCUCUCCGGUCCAGUGCACGCGCUGCCCGUAGUGUCGGUCAGUCCUCUCUCUCUCUGCUCGGGGGAGAUCGUAACCAGCUGACGGAACGAAUCCUGGCGCGGGACUUGAUAGUGGCACCGGUACCCCGGGUUCAGUUCACCUUUCCCUCCUCGCACAAUCUCAGCGAUUCCCCACACGACUCGCCCUGCAGCUCUCCAGUCGAGCCUGAGCUCGGUAGCUUAAGUCGGACGAGGGCAGACUGUCGGUUAGGGUCCACCUCCUCUUCCUCUUCCUCUUCCUCUUCCUCGUCGUCAAUCUCCUCUCUCGCAUCCUCCUCCACUUCAACCUCUCCGCCGAGCUCGGAAUUCUUAUAUGACGCACCGUCAACGCCAACGAAGCCGCCGCUGAGCGUGCUGACGCGGACGCUAUCCCCAGUCUGUGUGACGGUCACCCCCAAAAGCACACCACCGCGCGUAUCCGGUCCAGCCGCGCAGUCCUCUCCUCUUGCAUCCUCUCCCCUUUCAUUUUGUGACCAUUCGACGUUCGAUGUCUCUCCUCACGAAGAAGAACGGCGUCCCAAGCGUGGCGACGACGACUACAUCAAACGCCCCGAAAACUCCUGGAUGCUCUUCCGGCGCAAGACGCUCGAGAGCUACGCCGCCGACAAGGGCAAACUCCUCGCUUCGAAUCCGUCGAAUAAAUCCUCGGGAGCAGGGGGCAGCGGUAAACCGCGCCAGGCGGACCUCUCGAAGAUGAUCUCGGCAAAGUGGCGCGCAUUGGCCCCGGAGGAACGUGCGGAGUGGGAUGAGCUGGCAAAGCAGCGGAAAAGAGAGCACGAGCUGAGGUACCCGGAUUAUGUCUUCCGGCCGCAGCGCGUGGCACGACCAAAUUCGAAUCGAGCGAGGGACGAGGGCGGCGCGAGGAGUGGUGGUGCCGGUGGGAGGAAGCAGCAUCAACGAAGAGACGCGGAGAAACCCCAAGUGCUCGAGUUCGUCGUACCGUCAAUAUCUCCAGCCCAGGAGCAACACCAGCAGCAGCAUGGUGCGCCGUAUAUGACGGUGGAGGUGCCGAACAUCUUUGCCAGCCCCGUCCCCACGUCUCUUACCUCCGCGCCAUGUUCCCCGCUCGAUCUGCUCCUCGAGCCUAUCACACCCCAGCAACAGCAAUCGAUGUCGCCUACCUCGCUUGUCCCGAUGCUUGCAUGCAACGCGACGCUCGCCCUACAAGAUUCAUGUGCGCAGUGGGACUUCCAGCCGCAGGUCGUCAGUGCCCAGUUCUCCGACAGUCUGCAAUCGUCUGACUUCUUGCGCUCGAUCUUCGUCAACCCCGCCCCGGAGCCUUUCGCCAGCUACGUCGAGCCUCACAAUACUCUGGCCGCAUGCUUCGAUCCGCUGCCGUCGUCGUGCGGCGACUACACCUCUGCCUGGGAGUCGUCCUCGCCCUGGGCAGGUCAGUCCCCGUUCCCGUUCUCAACUACGCAGCCAGUGUUUGGCGCGUGCGAUUUUGACCUGGACAAAGUUCCCGGUAUCACUGCCGGCUGGGAUUUCGCUACUGGUGCUCUCCCAGAGGGGGAGGAUGGGGCGCCCGUGAUGUACCCUGGGUCGGAGUAUCUCUUGGACCCGUCAUGAGCCGACCACCUUCUUCCUUCCAUUCCCGUUCCUUAUGGUCUAUUUAUGGUACCUCUGGAUUUUUUAUCUUGUAUCUCAGGCCUUCCCGCUGCGACUACCCACCUACCACCCUCUAUCGCUGUACUCAUUGCUUUCGUUGUUGUAUCCCGCAUUUCAAUCACCCCAAUGUACACUUAAGAAUCUGCGCAUUGCAUCCUACAUAAUCAUUGCUAUUGACUGUCCCGCUUUCUGCUAUGAUGCUUCGAGAAGCACUGGGUUGUGCAUCCUUGACUAGAGACAAA